UCAGAUCAUGCUGUUUUCCUCCCUCAUGAUUGUUCUUUCUGCUAUUUCCUGAGUUAUUCCUUCUCUCUUGAACUUGGAUGGAAGUGACGAGCCCUCUACAUUGUAAUCAACAAAGCAACUUUCUUGCUAUGAGCGGUUUCGCCACAUUUAUUGGAACCUAAGACAGUUGGAACAAGCAGAGUUUUGCUGCACGUAAAUUUCUAUUUGCGAUUAUUUUUUUCCUACUAUGAGUAAACGUCGCAGUAAAUGGGACCAGCCAACCGGCGGGGGCAAUGAUGGACAAGCUCAGAAUGAACCCAUUACUUCAACGAGUGCUCCCAUGUCCUCUGUCGCCGUCACCAGCGCGAACGCGGGAGCAGGGCUGGUGCCGAAUCCCGCAGCUGCUGCGGCAGCUGUAGUCAGCGCAGUGCAAGCGAAUCCCGCCGCGGCAGUCAGCGUAGUGGCGCUUGCUGCAGCGGCCAGAAUCAAUGCGCUGCUGGCGUCGCAGGGAAAGCUGGCCCAGAACACUAGGCCUGUCAUUCGACCUAUGAUGACUGAUGGUGCAGCGACCGGGCCGACUAUGGGCACCGCAGGUCUUGGUGGUGCUCCGCUCACGGGGGCCAACGCAGUCGGUCUGAAUCCAGCUGGAGCUGCGAGGACGUUGGCGGAUGCAGGCGCAACGGAUAUUGAACCUGCUUCACCGUGCCGGUACAACGCAGAAGUGGAAAUCAACGAUUAUCCAAACAGGGCUGUCCUGACAAAGACCGUUAUUCUCCUGGAUAUCAAGCGGCAAACUGGUGCGUUCGUAUCGCCGCGAGGUCGCUACAUGACCAAGGAAGAGAAAGGCCAAGCGGCCAAUGAUGAGAAACCUCAGUAUUUAUUCAUACAGUCGGAUGAGCAGUCCAAGGUUGAUGCCGCUGUGGCUCGCAUCAAUAAUUUGCUGGGAAUCAAAACAACUCCAAAGCCAGCUGCUACCUCCGGGGCGUCAUCAUCGUCGUCAUCCUCGUCCGACAAGAACAAUUAUUCACAGAUCUACACGAAGGGGCACUAUGUGCAAGAGAAGCUAUUCAUUGGACUGGAACUGGCACCUGAAGGCUUCAAUGUGAUUGAACGCAUUCAAGGCCCCGAUGGGCAGUAUUUGAAGCACAUUCAAAAUGAAAGUGGUGCUAAGGUUGUAUUGCGAGGUCGUGGUUCUGGAUUCAUGGAGCCUACCUCUGGUCGAGAAUCCUUCGAGGCUAUCCACCUUUACAUCAAUCAUAGCACAAAGGACGGUCUGGCAAAUGCCAAGAAGCUGUGCCAGAAUCUGAUUGACACAAUUCGCCAGGAGGCGGCCACCUUCGCUCCGGCUUAUGCGCCGGCCGGUUUUGGCUCCGGCUAUGGAUAUCAGCCGCUUCCUGGGCCACAGCAGAUGCCUCAGCGGCCCACUGCACCGCGCGGAUCCUACUCUAACAUUCCGCCACCUGGCACUGCUCCACCACACCAAGCGUCUGCUGGUCCUGGCAGCAAUUCCAGCUAUGGACAGCAGCCACCUUACCACCAGCAGCAGCAACCGCCUCAUCAGCCUUACGGAGGACAACCACCGCCCUAUGGCCCACCACCACCUGCAGGUGGGGGCCCGCCACCUUACCAACAACAGCCCUAUGGCCAUUACGCCAACCAACCCGCGCAUCAACAGCAGUACAUGCCCCCGCCUGGUCAGGGUCCUCCACCCCCGGGUCAGGGACCUCCACUUCCCCCGCCUCCCGGACAGGGUCCUCCGCCCCCGCCGCCCACAGGGCCGGGCGAAGACCGGCAGGACAGCAGUGGCCAGGCAGAUGGAGCAAGCUCUCAGCAGGGACAGGCUUCCUCCUCGCAGCAUGCACCCCAGCAACAACAACAGCAACCAUCGCAGUAUCAAGCUCCUAAUCAACCACCGGCGCAGCCAAUGCCCCACUACAACCACCACCAACAGCAGCAUCCGCAGCAACCGCAGCAGCAGCAGCAGUACGGCAACUACAACCAGCAGGCGUACGCUGCACCCCCUCCUCCACCACCCUCUCAGGCUGGUGCUCCUCCACCUGCCAUGUAUGCACCACCACCACCACCUCCUCCUUCACACGGCCAAGCUCCCAUGUCGGGCAUGAAUCAGCUUCCCCCACCACCUGGUCAUGCUGCUGCUCCUCCACCCUAUCAAGGCCCUGGUUCAGGCAUGCCAUUCGCGGCGCCGCCACCGCCACCAACAGGCUCCUAUCAACCGGGUCCACCUCCACCACCUAACCCUCCUAUGCGUCCUCCUGUGCCACCUGGACUGCCAUUUGCACCUCCCCCGGCCGCGACGGAGAGCCAAGCAACUCAGCAGCCGCCUCCACCACCUGAACCAGCAGCUCCGGCCGAGCCGCCCAAGCGUAGAUUCAUGGAGAAGUUAGCAUCGGGCUCUACCGCAGCUCCAACUAGCACAGCUACCCAAGCGCCUGCAGCUCAGCCGUACUCUAUGGCACAGUCAAUGAGCACGGUACCACCACCACACACGUCCAAGGACUCAACGGCAUCACAGCCACGGCAGGAUAUGACGACGACAACGCCUAGCUCGUCCCAGCCAGUGCCACCGCCGCCGCCGCCAGACAGUCACGAUUACUCUACCGCACCGGCCGUUCUGCCACCGAGCGGCCAGGAGACCAAUCAAAGCUCAUCUCAGCGAGAGGCACGACAGUCCGGUCCCACUCGCCCGAUGCCCGCACCUGCACCGGAAGCACCGAAACCAGCGGCGAACUUCUCCGAUCGCAGCAAGUGGAAAGUGGUGUCGACGACACGCGUGCCUGCCUCAGGGCCGAGCAGUGUGAAACGCCCGGCAGUAGCGUCCAUUCCCAUGAACGCCAAGAAGGCCAAGCCGGCAGUGACGUCGACAACGGUGUCCAGUGCCGGCAUUGCCUCGCUGAGCGCCUACAGCGAUGACUCGGAUUCUGACGAUGACGCCGCCGCCAGCUCCGCUAGCCGACCGUUCUGGGCUGCACCGCCGGAGUAGGUUAACGCUGUGCUCGCUCGCCCACCACCAUCAUCGGAGGAGGAGCUUCACAAGGACGCGCGUCGUCGUGUGAGUGCGCUUUCGCUGUGUUGGUCCGCUCUUGAUAAGUUACUAGCACCACGCCAGUCUCUGGCUAGCUCUGUCUGUCCAAUGCUGUUGAAUGUUGCUGCUGCUGACGGUGCCAAUGCCAGUGGUGUUGAACGCAACACUGUGGCUAUGGCUCAAGACCUGCUUUGCCGUCAACGUGUGUCAACACUGUGCCUGGCAGGUGUGGUGUCCAUGGUUGCCAUGGGUACAGACCUGACCCACUCCAUUGUGGAUUGUUAGUUGCCAUGGGUACAGACCUUGCCCACUGCAUUGUACCCAUGGUUGCCAUGACACAGACCUUGCCCACCACUCAACAGGUCAGAUGGUUUUUUUGUGGUUCUAGAAUGUAGUACCCGUCGCACAGGCGAUGGGUGCUUUUGCUGGUACAGGCGAGUGAAAUUUCAAGACUCAUUCAGCGGUAGCAACACAUACUCUGCUGAUCAAAGCUGGUGGUGGUGGUGGUGGUGGUUGUGUGGUUGUGUGUGUGUGUGUGUGUGUGUGUGUGUGUGUGUGUGUGUGUGUGUGUGUGUGUGUGUGUGUGUGUGUGUGUGUGUGUGUGUGUGUGUGUGUGUGUGUGUGUGUGUGUGUGUGUGUGUGUGUGUGUGUGUGUGUGUGUGUGUGUGUGUGUGUGUGUGUGUGUGAGAGAGAGAGUGUGUGGGUGUGUGGGUGUGUGUGUGAGAGAGAGAGAGAGUGUGUGUGUGUGUGUGUGUGUGUGUGUGUGUGUGUGUGUGUGAGAGAGAGAGAGAGAGAGAGAGAGAGAGAGAGAGAGAGAGAGAGAGAGAGAGAGAGAGAGAGAGAGAGAUAGUGCGUGCGUGCGUGCGUGCGUGCGUGUGUGGACGGCAUUUCUUGUAGGGUUUGGCUAGGAAUGUUUCAUAUUCGCCUGUACUGCAGUCUGUAGGUUUGUGGACUCGUUUGCAAAGAACUCCUUGACAUACUUUUUGACUUGGCUACUACUGUUAACUAAUGGCCAGACUUGCCCUGUAAUAAUUGUUGCCGCUGCUGUCGCUGUUUCUCUGUACAGCAGUAGACCCUGUUCUGGCAUUGUUCUUUUGUCACUGUUGGAGCAUGUGCUGUGAUGCUAUGUGUGUAUGUGCACGUGCGUGGCUGUGCUUUUUCUUUUGCAUUUCCGCUGACCAACGAUCCAGCAUUCUUUUCUUUGCUUCUUCUUGCUAGUGCCGGUGUGUGGAGUUUCCUUUCCAUGUCCUGCUUCGUAAAAUGCUACUUUCUCCACUGGCAUCAAUCAUGUACUUACAUGUACUGUGUAUAUGUUUGACUGGUCGGCAUUCUGUUUUGAACUACACUGUACAGUGUGCUUACAUGCACCUCCUUCAUACAAUUUCCGAAUUUCGUUACUCCCUGGGCAUGACUACAUCA